UGGAUACUUUUAGUGCUUGACAUAACUGCGAAGUGCAUACGUGUGUACGAUUCUAGUGUUCGACGGGGUCAAACAAACAUACACCUUCACCAUUACCUCCCGAGCUUGCAAAUGUUUUUACCGAGACUAAUGGAUAAGCUAGGAGUGUACAAUGAGCGUAGUGAGGGGCCUAUGGGGGAGGAUUUACUGCAGAUUCAUAUGGUGAAAGAAUGCCCACAACAAAACGAUAGUGACAGUUGUGGCAUGUUCGUGUUAAAGAUGGCUGAGUUUUUAAUGAUGGACAAGGAUGUGGAGUACGUUAGACCAGAAGAUAU